AUGAAUUUCCGACCAGACAAGUUCGUUAGGUUUCACGACUGGAAGUCGGACAAGACUUCCGACGUAGAACACUCCGAGAGAGACGAGGUGACACAUGGAAUAUUCCGGAGAGCAAUAAACUCAAUCUCCAACAAGUUUCACAGAAGCUUUGAAUCAAGCUCCUUAAGGAUCAAAAUGUUCAGGAGGUCUUACAAAUCUUACUCUUUGAAAGAAACUGUUUCGAAAGGGAUUGUUUCCACUCACAAGAUACUUGACCCACAAGGACCUUUCCUUCAGAAAUGGAACAAGAUCUUUGUUUUAGCUUGUAUCAUCGCUGUCUCUGUCGACCCUUUGUUCUUCUACGUCCCUGUCCUCGACAAGGCCAGGAACUGUCUUGGUAUUGACGAUAAAAUGCAGAUAACCGCAAGCGUUUUGCGCUCCAUCACUGAUCUCUUCUACGCUAUUCACAUGGUCUUCCAGUUCCGUACUGGCUUCAUCGCUCCUUCCUCUCGUGUCUUUGGGAGAGGUGUGCUUGUUGAGGACAGGCGAGAGAUCGCUAAACGUUACCUGUCCUCUCAUUUCAUCGUCGACAUUCUUGCCGUGCUUCCUCUUCCACAGAUGGUGAUCUGGAUUAUCAUUCCGUGUAUGACAAACUCCAAGCCUUUGCACACAAAGAAUAUGUUGAAGUUCAUUGUUUUCUUCCAGUACAUACCGAGGUUUAUAAGAAUCUAUCCGCUCUAUAAGCAAGUGACGAGAACCUCUGGCAUACUUACUGAGACAGCUUGGGCAGGAGCUGCUUUUAAUCUCUUCCUCUACAUGCUUGCUAGUCAUGUGUUUGGUGCUUUCUGGUAUUUGUUCUCCAUCGAGCGCAAAACUGUGUGCUGGAAACAAGCUUGCCGCAGAAGCAAGUGCAUAAUAGACUCGCUGUAUUGUAAGUCUGGCACUUCAGGAAACAACACUUUCCUCAAUGGGUAUUGUCCGGUUCUGGAACCAAACACAACAAGUUUCGACUUUGGGAUAUUCCUUGGCGCACUCGACUCCGGUGUAGUGGAGUCUCAAGAUUUCCCUCAGAAGUUCUUUUACUGUUUCUGGUGGGGUCUCCAAAACCUCAGUUCGCUCGGUCAAAACCUUAAAACAAGUAAAUACAUUUGGGAGAUCUGUUUCGCGGUCUUUAUUUCUAUCUCCGGACUGGUUCUGUUCUCGUUCUUGAUAGGCAACAUGCAGGUUAGGUUCUCACCUUCAUUUGAGUUGUCCAUAGUGUGUUGCAAAAUGAUUGCUAACUUUUAUGUGCAGACGUAUCUGCAAUCAACGACCACAAGGUUGGAGGAGAUGAGAGUCAAGAGAAGAGACGCAGAACAAUGGAUGUCUCACCGUUUGCUCCCUGAGAAUCUAAGAAGAAGAAUCCGGCGUUACGAGCAGUACAAAUGGCAAGAGACAAGAGGCGUUAACGAAGAGAAUCUCCUAAGGAACCUCCCUAAAGAUCUUAGACGCGACAUUAAACGCCAUCUCUGUCUCGCCCUUGUCAUGCGGGUCCCCAUGUUUGAGCAAAUGGACGAACAGCUUCUUGACGCUCUGUGUGACCGUUUGCAACCUGUGCUGUACACAGAGGAAAGCUACAUCGUCAGAGAAGGAGAUCCUGUAGAUGAAAUGCUCUUUAUAAUGCGAGGGAAGCUUCUAACAAUGACAACAAACGGUGGAAGAACCGGUUUCUUCAACUCCGAGCAUCUUGGAGCCGGUGAUUUCUGCGGUGAGGAGCUUCUAACAUGGGCUUUAGACCCACACACAUCCACAAACCUCCCAAUCUCAACGAGAACCGUUCAAGCUCUCGUGGAAGUUGAAGCUUUCGCACUUAAAGCUGACAACCUCAAAUUCGUGGCUUCUCAGUUCAGACGUCUACACAGCAAACAGCUUAGACAUACUUUCAGGUUCUACUCGCAGCAAUGGAGGACUUGGGCAGCUUGCUUCAUACAAGCCGCGUGGAGAAGACACGUGAAGAAGAGACUAGAGGAGACUCUUAGAGAGGAAGAGAAUCGUUUACAGGACGCUUUGGCUAAAGAAGCUUGUGGAAGCUCCCCUAGCUUUGGUGCUACGAUGUAUGCGUCACGGUUUGCUGCAAAUAUCUUGCGGACUAUACGUAGGAGCGGUUCAGUACGUAAACCGAUGAGGAUGCUGGAACGAAUGCCACCUAUGCUACUUCAGAAACCAGCAGAACCAGAUUUCAAUAGUGAUGAUUAUAUGCAUAUAGGAGCAAUAUAUAAAAAUAGAAGUCUUUAA